UUUAUCUCCCCCCACCUUGCUGUUAGCUUGGAUACGAUGUCAAAGCUGGCUGAGGACCCACGCGACGCGUCUCUGGAAGCCAAAUUCUCACUCCCAAAUACGUGGACUCAGGAUAGUUUCGAUGGCCUGAGCACGUCGGGCAUGUUCCUCUCUGGUCUCAUUAUGGUCACUCGCAACCGGUUUCUUGCAUGGCCGUCAGUCAUAUUUGGUCUCAGCAGCAGCAUAAACGCCCAUCCACUGCGGACAAAGGAAGGAGGCGGCUCGGCAUUGCCCAACCUUGCCCUCUGUGUGAUGGCUCUCUUCGCGUCUUAUAUUCCCCUCCUUAUGAUUUCCAAUUUCCCAAAACAAACGUCCACACCGCUGUAA